AGAUAAAAGAUGGCGCUGUGUUCGAAGGAAAAUUGUCAACAGAGGACGCCAUCUUGAACGACGCACUUGAGAACGGGACCACGGCGGGUAGAUUGAAUUUAUGGCUUAUUUAGGAAGAUUCUACCACGACAGGUGAUAUAAAACGUAGAAAACAUGAGUCAGUAUAUUCAGGUGGCCGAAGAAGAAGGCGAGGAGCCUAUGGAAGUUCCGAGCGAAGAGGACGGCACCCUUCUUCUGUCAACACUGUCUGCUCAGUUCCCUGGAGCUUGUGGGUUGAAAUAUCGCAACCCUGACACAGGUUCUAUGAGAGGAAUACGACUAGCAGAUGGACGGCUGUAUCCGCCAGAUAUAGAGUGGUCAAAUAGGAUAUAUGUUGCAGUGUUUCCAAAAACUGAAAAUAAGAAGAAACAGGGACCAGGAAACAAUGCUUCUGUCAGCACUGGUAGCCCAGACGAACAGGAAGGGGGGCACCACAAAUCAAAGAAGUUCGAGAGACAGCGCUGUAGUGACCUCAUUGUGCUGGGAUUACCAUGGAAGAGCACAGAAGAAGACUUAAGAAAAUACUUCUCACAAUUUGGCGAACUGUUAAUGGUUCAGGUGAAAGUUGAUCCACGGACCCGUCAGUCGAAAGGUUUUGGGUUUAUACGAUUUGCGGAUUAUGACUCCCAGUUCAAGUGUAUGUCGCAGCGUCACAUGAUUGAUGGCAGAUGGUGUGAUGUCCGUAUUCCUAAUUCCAAGGAAGGAGCCCAGCAGAUAAUGAAUAGGAAAGUAUUUGUGGGGCGUUGUACAGAGGAUAUGACAGCGGAGGAUCUACGGAAUUAUUUUGGCAAGUUUGGAGAGGUUGUUGAUGUAUUUAUUCCCAAGCCAUUCCGUGCAUUUGCGUUUGUUACUUUUGCUGAUCCCGAGGUGUCACAGAACUUGUGUGGAGAAGAUCACAUCAUCAAAGGUGCCAGCGUUCACAUAAGUAGUGCUGCCCCUAAAAACUACGACCGUCACAAUGACAAGAAAUCAACCAGCCCCCACCAGCUUGGAUACACACAAGCAUAUCCUCCCAAUCCAUGGAGCCAGGGACCACGCGGAUCCACCCAACCCAUGCAUAACCAGGGUACUCCCAUGGCCCAGGGAAGUCUACCUAAUAAUCUAGGACUCAGUAAUUUAAACCUUGGGGCCCUCCAAUUCAACCCAGCCAUGCUUGCUGCUGCACAGGCCAUGUUGAGUGGCCAGGGUGGUUGGGGCCCUGUAGGUUUGGUCAGUCAGGGCAAUAAUCCCCCGGCAGCAGGGACAGUCACCACGGUAACAACCAAUAACAUCACGGGAGGAGAGACGUCCAGUCAGGCCAGUGUACAAAGCUUUGGUAGUAUAGGUAGUGGCUCAGGGGGAACGGCUGGCACAGCUCCACCUAUCCCCAAUAACAACAGUUUUCUAGGCUGGGGGAGUUCUCAAGGUUCAGCCUCGGAAACCGGAGGCAGCCCUGGGGUAGGAGGCUGGGGGACACCCCAAAGUAAACCCAGUGGUGCAUGGAAUUGAUAAAGGUGUGUGACUGGUAGAAAAAAGUUGAUGUUAAUUUGUGAAAUUUUAAUAUAUUUAGGUGGUAUAUAGAAAAUAUAUUUGUGUUUGGUAUGGAGGGCUAAAUGAAGGGUCAUUCAUCAGGCUUAUAAGUGCAUGUUACUCAUUUUGAUAAAGAAUGAAUGAUGGAGAAGAUAUUCAAAUGAAACAUGGAUAUCUAUCAGAAGUGUUGAAUACAUAGAGAAUCUGAGAUCUUGAUGAUUAUCAAUUAUUUAUAGAUGAUAUAUGACCCUGAUGCAAGUUUUAAAAAACAUCAUGUAAAUAAAGCAUUAUUGUAAAGAAUGCAUGAUUCUGAUUCCAUUUGGUUUUCCCACUCCAGGGUAGUGCUGAUUUCAACCUAUUGAUUGUCUGAAGUUUUGUUAAAGGUAGCUAAAUUCUCCAAAUCAUGUUCAUCUUCUUAUCUUCUAGUUUUUACCUAGACAAAACUAUGAAUCAAUUAUCCCCCGAAGUAGUAGCAUUGCUGUGAAAUACAGAGGUUCAUAAUGAAAUGAUUAUGUCACUUGGCUGUGUUAAUGUUUACCAUGUUUUGAAUUAUUGGUAAUUAGAUUCCACAGAUUUUUGUUGUCGGAGAGAAUUAUGCACAUACACAAACUAAAGUUAACGUAAUCCAAGUAUUAUAAUAGUGUGUUUACAUACCAGUUUUCAUCUCCAUUGUUUAACUAGCGUGACUGUUUUUAUGUACCGGUACAUCUGAAAUAGUGACUGAGCUUCUUAUCAAGAACCUGGAAGUAGCAUUUAUGGUAAAUGAAAGAAAAUCACAACAGAAUUUUAUUAAUAAUUGAGGUGUGCCAUAGCCCAAAUGAGAUACAAGAGGUACAUGUAGAACAUUUAAUGUUGAAUACACGAAACUGGAAAACAUGGUGAAUUUCGAAUGAGAACAUCAUUCAUAUUUACAAUUGAAUUCUGUACAUUACUUAUUUAUAUAAUCUUGAAAGAUUUGAAAAAAAUGUUGUAGUGACUGAUUCAUUUUUAAAGACUCGUGCAGAUUAUGGCAAUGUAGCAUUUUAUGUAUAGAUGAUUCGGGGAAAAUUAGACAAUGUGAGACAAUGUUAGAAUAUAAAAUAAUUGUUUCCUCUCUUGGUGUACAGACAUUGGUGUGAAGUUUGCUUUUGCUUUGUGUAGUAUUGAGAGUAGACAUUGUUUAUUUUUUAUCUUGUAGUGUACUUGGUGUGAAACUGUUGAAAAUAUUCAAAUUCUACAUCACAGAUUGAUGAAAUCUUGUAUUCUUAUUUUGCAACUGUCUAGAAAUGAUUGGUAAAUUAUGCAUGUAAAUAAUCUACUUUUUGGCAAACCCAUGUUGAUUCAUGAAAAUUUCACGUUUGUGUGUUUUGAGGGAUUUAUUAUCCGUAUCUUAGAAAUGUGUAUGUUGGCUCUAUUUGUUUGAUUUAUUUAUAUGACAUGAAUAUUUUUGGAAAUUAUCUGAGAUGUACAUAAUAGUAGCUAAGUAUUGAUGGGUGACAGUGUUUGAAUGAAAACUAGAUGUAAGCUUUUUCUUGUAGUCCUGUUUGGUGUUUCUUUUUAUAGAACAUUUUUUUCUGUUGGUUUUAUGCAAGUUGUUAAAAAGCAUAUUUAAGAAUGAGUGGAAUUAGAUAAGACUUGUUUGUAAGAUUAGAAUUUUUUCCUAUUCUUUUGUGUGAAAGUCUCCAUGAAAUUUGAAAUGUCACUUUAUCUACAUUUUCAAGAACAUAGGUAAUGCUAUACAGUAUAUUAUUAUUCUCAUAUAGUUUCAUGGCAUGUGAAAUUAUUUGGUAAAAAGUAAUCAUGAAUUAGCAAUGUAUUAAAAAUCUAACAACAAAUCACUGCCCUAUGUCAUCUUAUAUCAUUAUGUAGCAGAUUGAAAAUAGUUUAACAUUAUUUGGCUAGUAUACUGACUGUAAUCUUAUAUUAGAACUUUUCAAUAUAGACAAGCUAACCACUGAUCAUCAAUAUUGUAUACAGGGUUAUUUUCGCCCUUCUAUACUUUUAAAUGGUUCUGCCCCAUCUUAAAUUUCCCCGAUCUUAGGGCUUUGUGUUAAAAAGAUUUAUCGUUUCUUUCAAUUCACUCAGUCUUAACUUCGCCGAUGACGACGAGGGCGAAAGGGGCAGAAAUGAAAUGGUGGCAAAUUCUUCCCUUUAGACAGUACAUGUACUUUUAUUCAUUAAUUUCUUGCUUACUCUAUAUUUAAAGUAGAGAGACAUAUUGAAUAAGAGAUAAUAGAAGGUAACAGAAUACUGAGACAGCAAACAAGCUAUCUAAAUCAUAGGCCAUAGAGCAGUAGGGAACAUCACUUAUUUGUUUUGUUUUUUGCUUGUGUACAUUUUUUAAAAGGAAAUCAAAUUGUUUUGCAAUGAAUUUAUGUUUUAAGACAAAUUUUACUGAAGUUUAAAAGGGUGUAUUGGCUAGAAUAUUCUUGUAUCCUGGGUGACACCUACCUUAUUUUAAUUGGAAGACUUUUUACCUUUAUUGGUAAUGAAAAUGUUCACACUUUAUACACAUAGCGUUCAAACAUUUCAUGAAAAUGGCAUAUGAUAGGAGAAAUUUAACCUCAGUGAUUGUGUAUAUAUACAUGUGUCACAAUUUGGAGAAACUCUUUUUAUAGUCUGCACUAAGAAUUGAUAGUGGUAGGUGUGAUGCAAGUUGUUUUUGGGGUGUCUGUGUAUUUCCUUAGAUUGUAACUAAUACUGCAUAAUGCUGUAAGUUGCUUGUUGUUGAUUCAGACCACACUGUGUACGUUGAGGGGAGGAAUGUGAAGGAAUUGUUAUAUGUUUGAAAAGAUUGUGAAGACUCUAUAUUUAUACGUCUCUGGAAAUCUGUUUGCAAGACAAGACAAAAAUGUUUUCAACUGAGUAUUGAAUGAUUUGGAAAAUAAGAGGUAUUUUAUAUACAUGAACAGUAUGAAUUUCGUGUUCAUAACAAAAACCAAACUGUUAAUGAUUUCAAGGCAGCAAACACAGCUUGAAUGAGUUGGAUAUAUAUAAUUAUAUAAACUGUGAAAGGUUUUUAUCAUCUUUUGUUGUUCUAGUUGAGGUGGUUCAUAAACCAUGCUUAUAAUCACUACAGCUUCCCAUUAAAGAUUUAAUACACACCAUGAAUUUGAAUUUUUUAAAUCAUUAAUACAACCUGUUAAAUUUGAAUAGUGAAAUUACAAAUAUAUUUGAGAUGAAUUUCUUAAAGUUCCUGAUGGUUGUAAUUCCUAGUUUUUUUCCCUUGGAUUUGGCUAUUGACUUGUGAGCAGAAAUUUGAGAAGCUGUAGUUGGGUAUGGCAUGGUUUGUCAGUGCCUGGCAGUUGUUGAGUGAUUUUUUUAUAUCUAUUUAUUAGUCUGGAUGCCUAUGUCUUUGUUGAAGUGUAAAAGCACUGUAUAUGGAGGCUUUUUAAAAAUGUUUUCACUUUGUUUCAUACAAAAUUUUCACACAAAUAUCUAUGGAGUGUAUUUUUUUUUUAUCAAAACAAAAUCUGAUGAAUUUCUGAUUGUGCGAUUUUAAUAACUUGUUUUGAUUGUUUUUCUCAGAAACACUUCUCUGAUUUACACUGCUAUUUUUUCAUCUGUUCUCCAUAUACAGCUUUCUGUCAUUGUUAUAACGGAACGGGUUACACACUUGACAAAACCACACAGAAUUUCAAAUUUUAAAAGCAAUUUUGAUUAUUUAUCAAAUUAAAAAUUACAUGCAAGCUCAUGAUGUGGAUUUUUUUAUUUCGGUUUGAGUGUAGAAUUUUAAAAACUGAACUGCAGAUUUGUUCCCCUUUAAUGUCAAGUGUGUAACUAGGAAUACCAGAUGUAAUUUGCUUAUAUUCUUUGUGUGUGUAUGUUAUGAAGUGUAUGAAUUGAGUAUACUAGAUAAAUCAGAUAUAUUAACUCUU